AAGCCAUCCAUUCACACACACGAGCACACGCGGAGCUCCAAAAAUAAAAAAAAGAAAAAAAAAUAAGUUUAAUUACCCGCGUUGAUCAUGGCAUCCACCGACGAAUUAACAGUUGCUGCACUUAUUCACAAUAGUUUAUUAAAAGUUGAUGCUUCAUUAGCAAAAGUAUUUCAAACUAAAACAAAAUCCCCAGCAUUGCCAAAAGGUUCACCAACAUUAUUAGAAAUAUUUCAACAAUGGCAAAAAACAACACCAAAAAAGUUAUUAAUUAAAGCAAAUGGUAAAAAGUCAGAUUCAAGUUCUGAUGAUAGCAGUGAAGAUGAAAAACCAGCACAAAAAACAAAAGCUGCACCAGCACCAGCUAAAGUUGUUCCAACAAAAAAAGCUGAAUCAUCAUCAAGUGACGAUUCAUCUGAUGAAGAAGAAGCAAAAAAACCAGUUGCUAAAAAAGUAGUUGCUGCUGCUCCAGCCAAAAAAGCACCAGUUGUUGCUAAAAAAGCUGAAUCAUCAAGUGAAGAUUCAUCUGAUGAAGAAGAAGAAAAAAAACCAGUUGCACCAGCAAAAAAAGCAGUUGCAGCACCAGCUAAAAAAGCAGCAGUUGUUGCUAAAAAAGCAGAUUCAUCAUCAAGUGAAGAUUCAUCUGAUGAAGAGGAAGAAAAAAAACCAGCUGCUAAAAAAGUAGUUGCUGCUGCACCAGCAGCUAAAAAAGCUGAAUCAUCAUCAAGUGAAGAUUCAUCUGAUGAAGAAGAAGCUAAAAAACCAGCUGCUACACCAGCUAAAAAAGCAGCAGUUGUUGCUAAAAAAGCUGAAUCAUCAUCAAGUGACGAUUCAUCAGAUGAAGAAGAAGCAAAAAAACCAGCUGCUACACCAGCAAAAAAAGCACCAGUUGCUAAAAAAGCUGAAUCAUCAUCAAGUGAAGAUUCAUCUGAUGAAGAAGAAAAAAAACCAGCUGCUGUACCAGCCAAGAAAAAAGAUAGCUCAAGUGAUUCAAGUGACUCAGAAGAUGAAGAUGUUACAAAACCACCACAAAAAGCUAAAGCAGCUGUUCCAGCAGCUAAAAAAGCUGAUUCAUCAUCAAGUGAAGAUUCAUCUGAUGAAGAAGAAAAACCAGCUAAAAAACCAGUUGCAAAAACAAAUAAUGUAGCAGCUAAAAAAGAAGAAUCAAGUGAAGAUUCAUCUGAUGAUAGUGAUGAAGAAGAAAAACCAAAAGCCAAAACACCAGUUAAAGCUGCUGUUGCUAAAAAAACUGAAGAAUCAUCAUCAUCAGAUGAUGAUGAUGACGAUGAAGAUGAAGAACCAGCCAAACCAAAACCAGCUGAAAAAAGAAAACGUGAAGAGGAUGCAGAUGAAAUUGCAGCUGAAGCAACACCAAACAAAGUUGCUAAAAAUAAUUAUGACAAUUUUGUAAAAGGUGGCUUCAAUGGUGACAAGCCUGCUGAAGAAAAUGAAAAUGGUUUCAAAAAACAUGAUGGUGGUAAUAGAGGGGGACGUGGAGGUAAUUCACGUGGAGGAAGAGGUGGUUUUGGUGGUAGAGGAGGUGGUGAUCGUGGAGGUUUUGGUGGUAGAGGACGUGGAGGAAGAGGUGGAUUUGGUGGUAGAGGUGGUGGUGGUGAUCGUGGAAGCUUUGGCGAUCGCAAUGGUGGUGAUCGUGGUAGCUUUGGUGAUCGCAAUGGUGGUGGUGGUGGUGGUGAUCGUGGUGGCUUCCGUGGCGGACGUGGAGGACGUGGACGUGGUGGAUUUGAUAAUAACAGAAGUUCAUUCGGUGGUAAUGACAAACGUGGAGGUGGAAAUUUUAACAACAGAAAUUCAUUCAAUGGAAAUAGAAAUUCAAUUGGCUCAAUUGAUGCAGCACCACAAAACAAAAAAAUUACAUUUGACGAAUAGACAAAAUUAUCAAUCAAUUAAUUAAUUAAUUAAUCAUAGGAUCUUUUUUUUUUUUCUUUUUUUUUUUUGUUCAUUUUUGAAAAUAAAUAAUUGUUGGUUAAAUGUCUUUCUCUAUAAGAAAAACACCUCUGGAUUUGAAACCAACAUUUUCAUCACUAUUAGUAUUUCAAUGUUAUAAUUUUAAAUAUAUUUAAUAAUAAUUAUAUUUUUUAAUUGUUUAAUUAUAAUACAGAGAGGAGCUAGAGGUUCUUGGGGUGAAA